AUGGGCCAACUGCCUAAAGAACGCAUAGAACCUUCUCCUCCAUUUACGGUUACCGGCAUAGAUUUUUGCGGACCCUUUUACGUGAAAUUCAAAGGACAGAGGAAAGGGGUAUUGAAUAAGAUAUAUGUAGCAAUUUAUGUAUGUUUUUGUACUAAAGCAAUACAUCUAGACUUUGUGAGUGAUUUAACAUCAACAGGUUUCAUUGCUAGUUUGAAAAGAUUUUUCUCUAGGCGAGGCAAGGCUUCUAAGAUUUUCACUGACAAUGGACGAAAUUUCGUUGGCGCAGAUGCCGAGCUAAAAAGACUUCUGAAAAUCGUAAAUUCUCCAGAUGAACAAUUGGUUCAAUAUUUCACGGAGGAAACAAUUGAUUGGCAUUUUAACCCUCCAGGAUCUCCUAAUUUUGGAGGAUUGUUAGCGGAAAUUGAAGGAGUUCUGAACUCCAGACCAUUGUUUCCAUUGUCGGCUGAUUUUGAUAACUUUGAAACCCUAACCCCAGGGCAUUUCCUUAUUGGGAGACCCAUCACUUCCAUCGCAGAACCCCCACUUACAGAUAUCAAUGAAAAUAGGCUUAGCAAGUGGGAAAAGGUUUCCAGAUGCUCUCAAAGAAUCUGGAAGCUUUGGAAAAGAGAUUACUGA